AUGGUCCAGAAAGUGUACUUGGCUUUUCUAGACACACUCGCAGGUACGAUGCAGGAGAUGCUUGAGAAACAGCGCGACUCGUUAUGUGAGCCAUUGGAGUGCAAGGAGAUUUAUGAAGAUGGCGUUGCCUGGCUGUUGUUUUUCCGCGAGGUCCGCACGAUGAUGGAAGCUGCUACAGUGCAUGACUUUCAUCUACAGGAUCUCACACGACCAACGCCGAAGCGGUUCAAGAGACACAUGUCGGCGCUUGUGAACUUUUUUCGUUUCCGGUCGGACCGACUCGCGGAAUUUGACGAGCUUGUGCUGGAGACGGAGGACCUGGAGAAUCGGCGCAUCGAGCUUGAAGAUGGGAUUGAGCAGGCACGCAGUGCGAUUGAAAAGAUCGUGUCACAGCGCAAGAGCGAUGAGCCGCGUGUCAAGCAGCUGCAGGAGGAGAAUCUGGCACAUUCAGACCGGCUGUUGGAUAUGAAGAAGGAGCAAAGUCGUUUGUUGGCUGAGGUCGAUGCACUGAAGGGCGAGAAGACCGAUGCGAUCCAAAAACAGACCGACGUCCAGUAUCAACUGCAAAUUGUGUCGACGGAGCUGACGAAGCUGCAGGCACGGAUCGUGACGCGUCCGGACGAUAUCAAGCGAGACGUACGAGACAUGCAGGUGCAGGUGCAAGGUGAGCGUGUGUCGCUGGGUGAGAGUGAGCGCAAAGCUCGCGAGCUGAGUGCAAAAAUGGACGUGCUCACCCAACUGGAUGCUGAUAUCGCUGCGAGCAUGGCACACAUACACACGAGCACUCGACGCAAAUGCAUCGGCUUGAGCAAUUGGAUCGCCAAGUCAAAUUAG